AGUGCCUUUGUUUACAACUUCUCUAUCAGGAGAGUAUAAUGAAUGGACUCACUGAGGAAAUGCAAAAGCAGAUGCCUUUGGCUGGCUCCUGUUGUUUUCUUUUUGGCAAAGACAGGGGGACGAAUCUGCUCUGGGACAGCCCCACUGAAGUCAGAUGAGUUACACCAGGCAGAAACUGGAACUUUUUUCUUUUCUUCUUAUUUUUUUUUUCUUAUUUCCAAUUUUUUUUCAAUUUUUGUUUUGUUUUGUGGGCUUUUUUGUUUGUUUUAAAGAACACAGUUUCCAGGUCUCUUUUUCCUGAUUGUCACAAUUUCUCUUUUCACAGAAAGCCUAUGAGAAAAGACUGUCUGCUUCUAAAAAGGAGUGCCAAGCAAGUGCUGUAAGAAGGACUGCUGGAGAAACAGAGAGAACUUCUGAGAAGGCGCAGUGCCACACUGAGACCCCACAGCCAGUUGAAAACUACAUCAGUGAAGGAGAGUUUGAGGACGAUCUCAGUUCUUCUGCCCCGAGCACAACAGAGCUGGAGGUCCGUGGAUCCAGCCAAGAAACAGAUGAAGAUUAUUUUGAAACUGUAUCACAUCAGAGUGGAUCUUUGUCAGAUGUAAAAACUGAGCCUUAUGAGAGUGCAUCAGACACAGAAUCCCUUUCCAGUGACAUAACUGGGAAUGCUUGCUCGGAUUCAAACUGCCUGCUUACUGAAAACCCCCCCCUGUGCUGUAAUCUUCCCAAAGGAAAGGCAGAAACCUCCCAGGAACAGAACAGCUCCAGGCAACCAGAGCUCACCCAGCCUGGACAGCUAGAAUUGUCCUCCAAAAUAAAAGAAGCACCAAGCAAAACUGAAUUUUGCAUCCAGUGUGCAGAGUUAGAAGGUGAAGAAUUGGGUGAUGAAGAGCUAACAUUAUCCAGUGAUGUUUCCACCACAGACAGCCAAGUCUACGAAGAGAACAUUUUAUCACAGGCAAAGAGAGAGUCUGUAACAGCACUGCAGAGUAAGGCAGAGUUAGAAAGCAGGGAAGUGCAGUCUACCAACCCAGAACUUACAAAAAAUGACAUUGCAAGACUGAAGAAACACCCUGCAGUAUUUAGCAUUGCUUGUUUCAAAGCAAACUCAGAAAGCUGUUUGAUUUUUCCUGAGGUGCAGCAGUUUUCCUUCCAGUCAGAUGCAGCACCAAGCUGCAGUUUGCCUAAUCUGCAUUUUGAAACAAAUGGGCCUAACAUUAAAAAGACACUCACUGAGACACCUGACUGUAAGUGUGAAUUAGAGUCUAUGUCCAGUAUAAAAUGCAGCAGGAGGAAUUCAGCUGACAGUGAGGACACCACAGGUAAAAGGAUAAAAUAUGGAAGUACAGAAACCAUGUUGACAUCAGAUUCACUCUCCUACCAGAGUUGCUUCAACUCAAAAUCCUGGCUACCACAAAAAAGGUCAGAGAUUACAGAAAGUAAAACAUGGCACAGUGUACCUGAAAACAUCAGUGCUCAAAGGGAGACAGAAUGUGUGGUGAGCUGUAUUCACCCAACAGACAAAUUUAGAUGGUCAUGUUCCAGAAUACAUCUUCAAGAGCUGGAUUUUGAAUACACUUGGAAAAACUUAGGAAGGGUAACUGUGAGCUCUGAAAAGGCUAUAGAAAUAGAGGGCAAAUUUGGCAUGAAAAGGUCUUUUCUUGAUACUGAUACAGACUCAAAGGUGUGUCAGGUUUCCCAACCAGCAGCCUCUCCCCAGUGCAUUGAUUCUUGUUUGCACUCUAAAUCAGAGACAUGUGGCCUUAGCCCAGAGCCAGCUGGUACUUGUGCUGACAGCUUAACAUGGAGGGAUGCUUGUGAGGAUCCAAACCAAGAGGAGACAUCCUCUUCCCUGGAUCACAAUCCAGGGAUCAUAGAUCCCGAGGAACUGACACAAAACAAUGAGUGCACAGCUGAAAGAGAUCCACAAGUGAGCAGAUUCCCAUGUGAUAUUGAUACUGAACUGACACAAACCCACGAGUGCACAGCUGAACAAGAUCUGGAAGUGAGCAGAUUCCCAUGUGAUAUUGAUGUUCAACUUAAACAAAACAAUGAGUGCACAGCUGAAAGAGAUCUAGAAGUGAGCAGAUUCCCAUGUGAUAUUGAACUUACACAAAACAAUGAGUGCACAGCUGAACAAGAUCUAGAAGUGAGCAGAUUCCCAUGUGAUAUUGAUAUUGAACUUACACAAAACAAUGAGUGCACAGCUGAAAGAGAUCUGGAAGAGAGCAGAUUCCCAAGUGAUAUUGAUGUUGAAUCAGACACUGGUGACACUGAGAGCCCUGCAGCUUCUCCUGCAGGUGCCCCUGCUGGUGUGGAAAGCACAGGCUGGGAUUGCUCUGUAAACUGUGUUUCCAGUAGUGGAACACAGCACACACAUUUGAAGGAAGAUGGCCUUGAAUCUGAGCUGUCAGAUACUGAGAUUGUGGCAGGAGAAAGAUGGGCAAAUGAUUCUGAUUCUUCUGAUCUUGGCUUUGAUUGGAAAGUCCUGGAAGCUGCAACACAAGCAGAUGGCAGCGACAGAGGGGCAGAGCAUGGAGAGUCGGUGCAGCAAAAUGCAAGUUGCAAAACUGGUGCCUUGAGGAGCCACUCGGAGCUAGGAACACAUGAACAUCCUACUCAUGAGGGAAAGGAUGAAGAGAGUGUCUUGGCUGUUGAAAGGACUCUCAAAUCAGACUAUAUAAGGCAGGAAAGGGAUGUAAUGACUACUCCAGAAUUAAAGCCUGCCCUAAUUACAGUCUCUGUGGAAGAGAAAGGGUUACAGUCCCAAACACUCAAUGAUAAGCUUCCUACUGAAGUGGGAGCUGAAACAUUGGGAAAUGUAGUGAGCAAGGAUUUGAUGUCUCCUCAUACUGUCAGGAAAGCUCAUGGUGAGCCAGAGAGAGUUCUGAGUGAAUGCUCUAACUGUGAAGAACUAAUUCUGGCCACCCACCCCACUCCUGGCAGUGCAGAGGUACUUUCUGGUAGGGAUACAACUGAAGUAAAACCAGAAAUUUCAGAAGAGAAAAGAGAGAAAACAGAAGUAAUUUCAUCCUUAGGGCUCACCUGUAGUAAUUCUGCAGUAGCAAGUGCAGAAUUGGAAUUCAGGAAUGUUGCUGUAGCACUAGGCAGUGAUACACUUCCUGCAGAAAUUCAGACAGAUCCAUGUGAAAAAACACUUGUCAAAUCCCCCAGUAGAAGCAGUGUGGAGCUCUCUGAGGAUGAGCACUGCAGAGGAAGGCCACUGGUGACUGGAGCAGUGCCGCUGGAAACCAGCAGCAGUGUAAGCAGUGUGUGCCAGGAAGGUGGUGCUGGUGUCAGCCUUGAAGGACCCAGCACUGUAAAAUCACAGGGUAGAGGUGAUGUGAUGGCCUUUGAGGAAGAGCCCUGCAGAACAAAGAGGGGUUUUGAAUCCAGGAGAGAACAGUUAGCAAGGUCAGGCUUUGGAAACCUUGGAAGAAGCGAUGACCAGAUGUCUAAGGAAGAGGAAUUCAAAGCACAUGGAAGCACAGAGGGAGGUUUGAAUAUUACCAGGGCAGAGACACUGGAAAUGAGCAGCAAUGUAAGCAGUUUGUGGCAGGGAGAUGGUGCUGGUGUCAGCCUUCAUUGGCCCAGCAUGGUCUCUGAACAAGCAGUAGGCAGGCGAGGAAAGGAAAGCUGUAAGGGCUCAAAGGAAGAAACAGGUAUUUGUGAAGAACCCUCUUCUAGGGAAGGAAAGGAGGCCUCUCCUGCAGAAGACACCUCUAGCCCCAGCAAAGACAGUGCACUCAGUCUGGAUGUGUCUGAUGUCUUUGAUGAGUCUCUGAACAGGGAGACCCACAGCACUUUCAUGCUGGGCCUGGACAAUGUGAGCACCUGCAGCACUAACAGCGAGGAGCUGGAUGAGAUCUCAUCCCACAUCCUGGGGAGUAACAGCAGUCUCCAUAAAGCUGUACAAAAGCCAACAAAGAAUGAGUAUAGUGGCAAAUCUUCCAGGUUUUUAGUAUUCCCAAAAAUGACAUCUUUCAGGAAAACUAAGCCUGCCUCAUGGGAAAGUCAGGGAAGCAGCAGUAUCUUUGGCAGCAAGGUAAAGAUGGAAGAACUGGAUGUUGGGAAAGAUGAUGACGACACUGCAAGUUUACUGUCUUUCAAAAGUUGUUCAUCUGGUUUAGUCUUCCACAGGAAGGAAAGCUACACCUCUGAGUACUCCGAUGAUGAUGAUUUAUUUUAUGAGAGACCUGCAGGAUUUUUCAGACUGAGCCUGAGGAAGGCCUCUGGCUCUGGUCGGAUACUGAUGGAAGAUGCAGAUCGACAUGUUACUGGUUCAUCUGAAAACAAUGACAGUGAACCUGUGGAGCAUUCAGGGAUUAGAAAAUCAUUCCCUGAAAAUGAACACAAAAGAAACAAAACCCCUGAGGGUAAGAAGUUCAAGACAAGGUUGGCCUUGGCACACAAAUCCCUCUCAAGCUUAUUUGAGUCCAAAUGUCCAGAAAAGGAGAACACUGAACAAAGCUCAAAAGCGUCAGUGAAAAAUGAAAAGGAGAAAGUCAAAAUUCGUCAGAGCACCUGGAAAGCUUUUCUAAAGAGCAAGGAGGCAGAUGGACUAAAAAGGCCUGUCCUAAUAAGUUUAUCAUCCACACAGGAAGGUCUCAGUGCAACCAGUGGCCACACGUUUACACAACUAGAGCGACAGUAUAGUUCCAAUAGACACACUUUUUUAAAAACAGAAACAGAUAAUGGCUCCUCAACAGACUCCAACUAUUUUGACAGCUCUGUGGAGCCUCUUGAUGUCUCUUUACCUGCACGUAUGUGGAGAAGACGAAUACAGUCCCAUGACUUGGGUAUCAGAUACUCACAGAAUUCAGAUUGUGAUGAACAGCAGGAGGUUCUGAGCAACAGUUUAAAUACUUCUCUUGAGGAAUACUGGAUUAAAACUCCAUUUAGCCCCCCUGACUUCCAGCUGGAAUUUAGUCAGUCAAGUCCAUCAUGUCCCCAGCUCUCCAAUUCUGAUGGUAAAGACAUGCCCUGUAGGCCCAUGAGUCCCAAACCUCAGAGCUCACGAUCCACUUCUCAGCACAGGACCUUCGGCUACCCCGGGCGCGUUUGCGCCGCUUCUACGCUCUCCCUUGGGAACAGCUCUGGAGUGGAAAGCAGUCUGGAGGCUCCUGAGAGGCCAAAGACACUGAAACCCAGGGGGAGUCUCUUACACUCGUUGGACGACUUCCAGAGGGAUGACAGUGGCAUAAGCAGUCAAUCCCAGAUCAGCUUAAACACAGCUUCUUCCAUUAGUGACAUGCUCCGAGACGAGUUUGUAAACCAGGAGUGCAAGCAGCCAUGCCAGUCAGCAGCUGGGAAGAGGCCCAACAAGAAAUGGGUUCCCCAUCGCAAAAGGAGGCCCCCCCGGGUGCCAGCCUGCCCCGUGGCCACCCUGGAGAGCAGAGCCCGCACGCUCUCCUGCCCUGCUCCCGAGGAAAAAGCCAAGGAGAUGCCAGAGAGGAGGAGGAAGAGACCCAAACCCCUCUAUAAGUGCUUCAGCUUCGAUGAUGUUUGGAUGGAGAGGAGUCAAAAAAGGAAGCUAGAGAAGGAGACACAGCCAGAGGGAGGGGUUCAGUUGCAACAUCUCCCACAGGACCCCUCAAAAGCUGGGAUAAGUCCAUCCAUCACAUCUCCUGUUGCCUUUGACAUCCUGCCCCUGAAGCUGCAUUCCUUUUCCAAGAGCACCCCGACAGGCCUGGACUGCGUGGGCUGCAAGCGGCGCGUCUCCGCUCCCGUGAUCACUGACGGAGGCCUGGACAAGACAGCCCUGACGGACGAUGUGGGCAGCGAGGAGGAUCUGUACGAGGAUUUCCGCAGCUCCGCCCACCGCUACGGCCACCCCGGGGGCGGCGGCGAGCAGCUGGCCAUCAACGAGCUGAUCAGCGAUGGCAGCGUGGUGUACGCCGAGGCGCUCUGGGACCACGUCACCAUGGAUGACCAGGAGCUGGGAUUCAAGGCUGGAGAUGUCAUCGAAGUGAUGGAUGCCACCAACAAGGAGUGGUGGUGGGGCAGGAUUCUGGACAGUGAAGGCUGGUUCCCAGCCAGCUUUGUUCGGCUGCGGGUGAACCAGGAUGAGCCCAUGGAGGAUUAUCCCCUGAAGGUGGAGGGCGGCAGAGAGGAGGAUUCCCGGCGCUUCGGGAUGGGCCAGACCACCAAAGACCAGAUGAGGACCAACGUCAUCAAUGAGAUCAUAAGCACAGAGAGAGACUACAUCAAGCACCUGAAGGACAUUUGUGAGGGUUACAUUAAGCAGUGCCGCAAGAGAGCCGACAUGUUUACAGAGGAACAGCUGAAGACAAUCUUUGGGAAUAUUGAGGACAUCUACAGGUGCCAGAAGAAAUUUGUUAAAGCACUAGAGAAGAAAUUUAACAAAGACCACCCACAUUUGAGUGAGGUUGGCUCAUGCUUCUUGGAAUAUCAAACAGAGUUUCAGAUCUACUCCGAGUACUGCAACAACCACCCCAACGCGUGCCUGGAGCUGUCGCGCCUGGCCAAGGUCAACAAGUACGUUUACUUCUUCGAGGCGUGCCGCCUGCUGCAGAAGAUGAUCGACAUCUCCCUGGACGGCUUCCUGCUCACCCCCGUGCAGAAAAUCUGCAAAUACCCCCUGCAGCUGGCCGAGCUGCUCAAGUACACCAACCCCCAGCACAGGGAUUUCAAGGACGUGGAGGCUGCCCUGAACGCCAUGAAGAACGUGGCUCGGCUCAUCAACGAGCGCAAGCGGCGCCUGGAGAACAUCGACAAGAUCGCCCAGUGGCAGAGCUCCAUCGAGGACUGGGAGGGAGAAGAUGUCCUAGUCAGAAGCUCAGAACUCAUCUAUUCUGGGGAAUUAGCCAAAAUCUCCCACCCUCAAGCCAAGAGCCAACAGAGGAUGUUCUUCCUCUUCGAUCACCAGCUUGUCUGCUGCAAGAAGGACCUCCUGCGCAGGGACAUCCUGUACUACAAGAGUCGCAUCAGCAUGGAUGACAUGGAAAUCCUGGAUGUGGAAGAUGGCAAAGACAAGGACUUCAAUAUCAGUGUGAAAAAUGCAUUCAAGCUGCACUGCAGAGACACUGAGGAAGUCCAUUUGUUCUGUGCAAAAAAGCCUGAGCAGAAGCAGCGCUGGCUGAAGGCGUUUGAGAAUGAAAGGAGGCAGGUGCAGCUCGACCAGGAGACAGGGUUUUCCAUCACGGAGGUGCAGAAAAAGCAGGCAAUGCUGAAUGCCAGCAAGCAGCACCAUGCUGGGAAGCCCAAGGCUGUCACCAGGCCCUACUACGAGUUCCUGCUGCGGCAGAAGCACCCCACGCUGCCCAGCACGCUCCCCCAGCAGCAGGUCUUCAUGCUGGCCGAGCCCAAGCGCAAGCCCUCGAACUUCUGGCAGAACAUCAGCAGGCUGACGCCCUUCCGGAAAUAGGGCAGCCCCUGUUUGUGCCUGAAGCCCUUCUGAGAAAGCACUUUAUCCCUCCCUGCUGGCAGGUGGAGCCCAGGUUCAGCCAGCCCCGUGCCCACAGAGGAUGGCACAGGUGCUCCUGCCUUCCCUAUUUAUUGUGCAGCCCGGCUGACCCGCUGGUUCCCAGGUGAGGCUGCGUGCAGCGGUGCCAGCCCUGCCCUGCCCUGCCCAGCAGGCAAAGCUCCAGGAGCACACAGCAGGGAGCUGGACAGGCUGCAGCCCGAGGGAUUUACCUUGUCAGCUGUACUGGACUCACUCCUUCCCGCUGUGCCCACACUGCUGGCUGGCAGCUGCCACAGGCCAGGGCAGCCCACGGACCCGCCGGCCCCGAGGCCGCUGCCGCGCUCACAACAACAGCUCAGAGUCCGUGGUGAGGAGGGAUGAACCUUCUGCUGUGCCCACCCCAUGCCCUGCCUUUCUCAGAGCUGUGAUCCUCCUCACGUGUCCAGCUAACUCAGCAGCCUCUGCAGGCCCUCCGAGCACAGUGAGCACUGCACUGUGACCUCCUCCCUCCCUCCUUUAGUCCAGCAGCACCGGUGAGCGGUGCCCCACAUUAAACUGUGCCAACCUGCAGCAUGAGUCAAGUCGAAGAAUCUCUCUAGUGGGUUUGAGUUACAUAAGUUAGAGAAAAAUGUGCCUAAUUAAUACCAUACUCAAUUCUUUAGAUUCUUGUCUCUCCAUCAUUCUGCCAUAUUUCCUGGCCAAUGAAAAUGCUCAUUGUUUGUAAUGUGUUUAUUUAUGGUAAAAAUCAGAACUGUGUAUUUUGUAAGUCUGUAAUUGUUCUUGUCAGAUGUUGUUAACUUGAUGCCUGUUUUGUCUGUUUAAUUUUUCUUUUCCUUUUUUUUUUUAAAGAAAGGUCGAUAUUUGCAAACCUAGCUCCCAGAAGUCAGAGUCUGCUGUUCAACUCUGCAACGUCAUUGUUAUCCAAACUCCCACAGACCCUCAAAUUCAAGGAGUGUUACUGACACUUUUAAAAAUGGAAAACCACUUGAUAAAGGCCUAAAUUUGGCAUAAAGAGCCUCACUUUAAGUACCCAAGUUUCAAAUGGUGGCCAAAAAGAAUGAAUUUAAACCUUGGUUAGCAAAAAGAAAGAUUUGCCUUACCAUAGUGAGAGUUAGAAGCCAUACUGACUGAAUUCCCUAGAUUAGGAGACAUCCUGUGACAGUGGAAGGAAGACACUGGCUCAUUCCAGCUCAAGUGUGAGUGAGCACUGUCUGCAGAGCUCAGAAAUCCAGUGUUUGUUGAUGCUGUAGCUGACCAAAGUCUGGUCAUCCAGGGAUAUCUGAAUUCAGUAGCAUGUACAAAGUCCUUCUUGCACUAUACCUUCCCCCCAGACCAGGGGCAACAUUUAAUUUCAUAAAGAAACUUGUAAAAGUGA